AAUGUUUCCCCCAAAAAACUACAUAGUGCACCUUUAAGCUUCGAUACUGCUGUUUGCUUCCACAAACACAGUUUCUUCCGUGGGGCCCGUGAACGCAACACCGACUCUACAGUGCGGGAGAUGCUGCAGCAGCGGAACACUACAGAAAACAAUGUGUAGGAAGAGGACGGCUGGAUCUCUCCGUGCACACUGACUGAUCAUGGCCGGUCGGUGCCGAGACGGCCCCCGCAGCCGCCCGGGAGACCCCGCCGGUGGUGGCCUGAAAUCGGCGCGAACGCCCCGCCAGCAAGGAGACGAACCGCCCGGAGGGAGCGAGGACGCGGCGGAGCCUCUGCGGGAGCUGCCGCGGUGGAUGCGGCUGUACUUCUACGGGAUGCACGGGGUGACUCUGGACGUCCUGCUCUCGUCCUUACAGGGGCUCGUGAACCACCGGGACCCGAAGCUGCUGGGCUUCUCCUCCCCGUACCUCUGCGUCAUGCACUCGCUGACCCACUUUGCGCUGGAGAAGAUCUACUCGCAGAAGAGGUGUUUCCGAGGUCGGCCCGUGGUGUUCCACCUGGUCUUCUACCCGUCCGUCUACAUCGGGCUGCAGAUCCUCAUCGGGAACAUCAACACCCUGACCGAGCAGGUGAGGCUGGUGUCCGGGACCCAGCUGGUGGUGCACUACGUCCUGGCGCUGUAUUUCGCCCAGGUGUUCCACAGAUGGCUGUCCGGGCUGCAGUACCACCCCGACCCCCCGCGGCGGCCCGUCCCGGAGGACAGCGCGCACGACCGGGGGCCCUCUCCUCGCGCUCUCCCCGGCCUCGUGCGGUUCCUGUUCUUCGGGAUGCACGGUUUCCUGGACGAGGUCAUCUUCACGUCCGUCUUCAACCUGGUGGAGAAGUCCGACCGGACCCUGAGCGGCCACACGUCCCUGUGGUCCUUCCUCAUGUACGGCAGCUGCAGCUUCGUGGUGGAGAAGCUCUACCUCCACCUGCACUUCGGCAGAGGCUGGGGGACGUGCCGGAGGCUCCCCAUCUACAUCUGCUUCAUCUACGCCUGGGAGUUCUCCUGGGGCCUGGCGCUCAGGCAGUUCGGCGCCUGCUCCUGGGACUACUCUCACUACCCUCAUAACUUCAUGGGGCUCAUCACCCUGCUGUACCUGCCGGGAUGGCUCUGCCUCAGCCUGUACCAGGACGUGCUGUCCAACGUGCUGCUGAGGAUCAAGUGCACCAGAGCCGAGGACGGGCCCAGCGGGGAGAGUGUGGAGGUGAACGGACAGCUGGAGUCCAAGAAAAAACUGCUUUGAGUUGUCUGUAUUUAUUUAUUUUUUUUUUAAUCUUUAUUUAGGUUUUAACUUUGUACUAAUGGGGAAGAAACAAGCAUGCAUUCUUUGAGUGUGGUCACUCAAUUGAAAAAAGGACAUGAAGAAGAUGGAUGUUUGACAAGGUUAAAGGUGCAUUAUGUGGAAAUUUCAAUCAGAAGAGAAAGAUCUUCACCGGCAGAUUUGUUUGUUUUUUUUAACUGAGAGUUUGUUUAGUUAGUUGUCAAUGAAGAAAUGUUCUCCGCUGAUUGAUAUUUCUUUCUCCAAAAACUACAAAGAGCACCUUUAAAUCAAAACCACUUUGGGAUGGCAAGAUGUUGCCAUGACGACAGCUGUUGAGAUGUUCAUGGAGUUAGGAGUCUGGUUACCUCGGAGCCUGGACACUUGUUACCAGUGAUCCAGGCGACACUUCUGGGGGGUCCGGUAAUUAAAAACACGACCAACAAGGACACCAAACUGUUUACCUAACCUCUUUUGAAUUAACCGAAGCCAACUGCCGUUUGUAUACGAUGUGAAAUCUAGUUGUGAUAUUCGUGUUUUACGAGUCCUCUUGACUGCGUGUGAAUACUUUUCGCUGUCACUCACAGUGACAGACUUGCGAUUGCGUCAUCCGCACCGGCAUGCUUUUUACCGUAGCUCAUACCUGCAUGCUGCAAAGUACAAACAACACCUGGGAAGUUUGUUUUUCAAAGCGGUUCGUUGGCUACAUCGGCGUUUUUGAGACAAGUAGGACGUAAAAACAGCCGUUGAGAGGACCACGUUCCAUCUAAAUGUUCAUUUCGAUUUAUUCUAUUCAGUUUGUAAUUGACACUUUUUAUAACUCAGCUUGUUGAUAUGACCCCCGAGUAAUGCAUGGUGAUUAUAGAGUAGUGAUAAACCCAGUAAUAUAUGUAGCAAAGAAAAACCUGUAGCUGAAUGGACACGAGGAGCGGGAGCUGACUGUGAAUCGUUCGUUAACCAAAUUUGCUGGAGUGCCUUCCUGCAUGUGCAAACAGGGUCGACCAGGUUCCCAUGGUGGCUCCACUUUUUACAUAUAUUGUAGUAUUUCAUUAUUAAUCAUAAUUGUAGAGAUGUUUGAACUUCCAGCGCUGACCCAGUCAGUGAGGAUGCGUUUGUGUCGGGAUUAGAACCACACCGCUAACGGCCGGGUGUUAAAUCUUCAAAUGUACUGAUUUCUUUUUGGGAACCUGGAACAUCUAAUUCUGUUUACUGCUAAAGUUCACAAGAAAUCCUCGUGUUGAGGACGACUCUGUAUGCUUUCUUGAUUUUACUUUUUAAAACUUUUUAGAGUCCCAUACGUCAAGUUUUUAACCUACUUUUACUGAGCACGGUUACCCCAAACUGAUGGACAUUUCUUGUAAAAUGUAGAGAGCUGACAUGUUAAUCUUAAAAUAUAUAAAUAUAUGAAAUCCAUGAAUAAACGUAGCUUAAGUGAAUAAAGUACAGACAUGUUUUAAAUGUAGUUCCUAGUUAGCAAACCCCAACUGUGUAUACUGUGUAGAGCAAAAUUUGCCUUAUUAACAAACUAAAAGUACCUCACACUGUGGCUAAACAAAUGGUAAAUCUUGGCAAACGUAUCCGCUCUGUGCCCGUCACUUUGUUAGUUAACUGACCAUUGUUUGGAGUCAGUUCUCACGGUAGUUAAGUGGCAUCAGUUGAAGCCAUUCACUCCCACAGUAGCAUUUUAACUUGGUGCUGGUAUCAUUUAUGAAGCUGCCCAUUAGUUACUUCUUUACAUAUUAGUUUACGUCUAAAUUCUGAUAUUUGAAUAAAGUAAUAUUUAGAAGUAUAUUCCUAGUAACAUAUUUUAAAGGUUCCAUGUUAUGUUCAUCUUUAGUUUCAUACUUUUAGUUUGGAUGUUUACAUGCUUUAAUGUUCAAAAAGCAGAUAUUUUUUCUUAUACUUACCAUUGCUGCAGCUCCUCUAUUCACCCUGUCUUAACGCUCUGUUCUGUCUAUGUCUCUUUAAGACCACCCCCCCCCACACACACACACACACACACACACACACACACACGCAAAGACCCAAUGUACUCUGAUUGGCCAGCUCUCACGUGUCUGAGCAGACACUGUCCACUGUGUUUGCACCUCAGCUCUGUUGACUUUUUUGCAACUAUAGCCUUGCUGAGAGUGGCAACUAUACAGUUGUGACAUCGCAACUUUACUGAAGUCCUAAUAACUCACUUAAAGGCAGCGUUUCUGUAAUGGGCGCUUUCUUCCAUGGACUGAAGGGAUUGAAGCUCCCAUAGCAUUUAUAGUAUAGAGCACCUCAACCUGCUUUAUAAUUGAAAAGACAGGAAAUCUAAUUUUCUACAAUAUGGGACCUUUAAAACAUACAAAAUUAGGAUUAGAUAGAUAAAAUACCAGAUUUUUAUCCGGUCUUUAAGGGAUUUGUCAAGGAUCAGAAUGUAUCUUGACUGCACGUAUUUAGAAGGACAACUAUCUCAAACACUUUAUCUUAUCAUCAAAAAAAAACAGGUUUUCAAACGUUAUGUUAAUAAAUCAUUGUCAAAACUGAUGCAAGUAGUGCUGAACGUUUACAGUUGGUGAGCCCUGCCCAUGGCUGGUGUGUUCCUGGGCUUUUUGUUCAGCUUGGCAGCUAUUAGAGGUUCUCAGACAUUUUCAUUCACUGAACCACAGCGACGUGACUGAAUGACUUUGUACUUUGUACUUUGUACGUCUUUGAGAUUUUUCCAUGGCCGAAUAACUGUAUUUCAAUCACACUUUACUUUGUUCUGUGGUAUUCACCAGUUUUGAAAAAAAAAACAAAAAGACCAAACCGCUUUUAGAAGACGCAAAUUAAAGUGAAAAACGAUGACUGACUUGCAAUGGCAUGUACUGUAAGACUUACAGUUUUAAUUAAAGCUGACUUUUUUCCCUGUGGCAUGA